UUCCAUGCCGGAUUUGUCUGGGGCAGCAUCAUCGUGUUGCGGAACGGAGGCUGGGUCUCAGGAUUCUCCUGGUGAGGACGGAUGGACGAAACGUCCUCAGAGACAGGCGCGCCCAUUGCACCGGACAAGGAGCAGAGAUAAGAACAAAGACGUGGCAUUUCGCUCAUACGAGAAGUAUUUUGAGCACAAGAUGUAUGUCUUUGGUCACAAAUACAGCAGCAAACGCGAGCGGCUGUGGACAGGGGAACACAGAUUUCCGUUCCACUACACUCUUCCAAACAAGCUUCCAUCCUCAUUUCAUGGCCGCCUCGGAUACAUACGCUACUUCUGCGAGGCAACGCUUGAACGCAGCGCAAUGCCGAAUAUUCAGUCACGAACAAUGUUCAGUGUUAGCAACAUCGCUGAUGUUAACACGGAUCCAAAAGCAGAUGUAAGUUCAUUGCAUUUGAGUAACAUUCAGCGCAUUGUCGCUGACGACAGACUGACGUUUAAGGUUUCGAAGCAAGAAACUUUGAGACGUUACGCUCUGUUCUGUCCGAUUGAAUAA